AUGCCACCCAGCUUCAUGGCGUUCGCGUCAGUGCAUUUGCGCAGCCUUUUGGCCCUGUGCUGCUUGCAACAGUCAGGCGUUAGACUGGAGUCGCACAGUACAGAGGCAAUGUUGCUCAGCGUGUUGCCUGCACUUGUCGCACUGAGCUUGGCCGGUCCCCUGGAAAGCGGAGGCAGUCAUGCGGCCGGUUGCCGGAAUUCUGACGAAACCAUUCUCCUCCAAGCCAAGCGAGCAGGAACGGAAACUUCCCUUGCCAAUUCCAAGGCCCGCGGUUCGAGGUGGCGCCGACGCCGACAUGGAGAGUACGGUCACUACGGUUACAGCUACAGCUACGGCCCUCGCGCAACGACAGCACUUCCCACGUCGACGUCAACGACAACAACCACAUUGCUCAUCGACGUUGCGACUGUUCAGGUCGUAUUGCCAGUCAAUGGCAGCAUUGGCCCGAGCAAUGGAGACUUCUCUCUGCUCUCGUCCGGGUCAGCACAGACAUUUGAUUUUCCGCCCUUUGUACCCAUUGCAUCUGCCUGCUUUGCAACCUCCACUCCUGUAACGUUUGGCAGCGUUCAGACAAGUGAAAUCCGGGAACCCUCCGGCCUGGCGGCCAGCCGGGUCAAUCCAGGAGUUUACUGGGUCAGUGACAGCAGUUCGGCUACGAAGCUCUAUGCCAUCAAGCGGAAUGGCGAGUACGUGGCCAGAGUCUCUCUCGGUUCUGUGCCUCCCUUGGCGGAUAUCGCCGCGGGCCCAGGCCCGGAGCCGGGCGCCCAUUACCUCUACCUGGCCGACAUUGAGGACAAAUACCGAAACAGAGGUACUCUCACGCAGAUCUACCGCAUCAAGGAGCCGGUCAUUCCAGAAGGGUGGGACCCGAACAACGACAUUCAGGUGAGCGGCGGAAAUACCUUCAUUGUCAGGUUCUCGGACCUACGACGCGACUCUGAGGCAAUCUUUGUUGACCAGCGCAGCAGCGGCCGGGUGUACAUGCUGACCAAAGGGGACGGUGGCAGGAUGGGCCAGUAUGAGGUAAAUUGGCGCGGAGGUGAGCUCUUCUAUGUGGACGUGCCUGAAAUUGCCGAUGCUUUGUUCUGGCAACCGACUCCCUUCAAUGUGCAUCUCACACCGUGGGUGACUGGCGCAGACAUGACGCCUCAAGGAGAUGCCAUUAUUGUCCGGAGCGAUUCGCAAAUCAUGAGCUUUUCCGUUUUUAGAGAUGGGCCCGUGGAAGAUGCCAUGGCGGAAGGGCCGUGCUACAUCGAAAGUCCGCCCGAGAGAGAGGGAGCAGGCGUCGCCUUUGCGGCAGACGGCAGCAGCUACCUGACCGUGUCUCCGGGCGACUUCCCGCCUGUGUGGUGGUUUGCCAUUCCGUCUGCCUCUACCUCUUCUCUCCUCCUCCAAGGCGGCGGGAGAUCGUGGUUGGCAGCCGAUGAGCGCAUUCCACCUUCUCCUGGCUAUGCAUUGGCCGUGGAGCUGCUCAGCAAUGAGACAGGGCAGGAGAGCUUGAGAACAUGGUACGCGGCCUUCCUCGGUGUCAACGAGAGCUUUGUUUCGGUGACGCUGCCAAGCACAGCGUCAUUGUGGCAAGCAGGCGCCAUCCGUCGCUCCAUCCAUCCCAGCCUACUGCAGACUCUGCAGGCCAACCAGUCUGACGGCAAUCGGACCAACCAAACCUUUGUGGCUGUUGGCUUCGAGGUUCGAGCCGAAGGAACGGAGAGCUUCAAUCCGGUUUCCUUCCAGCUCGAAGACCCCGGUGUGCAAGGGAAGUUGGUCCGUCAGAUUGUUCCAGCUUUGGGCGAGUUUUUCCCAGGCCUUGGUGAGCUCAUUGUGGGGCCAGCCUUCAUCGGUUCGACCGGCAGUUCAGUACUGGCAAGCAACGCCAAUCCAUCAACCUGGAUCAACGAGUUUCACUACCAGGAUCAAGGUUUCGAUUCCCGGCAAGGGGUCGAGAUCGCCGGACCAGCCGGGUCCAUUGUCCUUUACGACGCCGUUGGGGGCGUCCAGUACAAUGCCUUCACUUUCUCGGGGCCGCUGACAAACGCGUUUCAAGGCUACGGCUUCUUGGCAAUUCAAAACAUUGCCGACUUUCGGGAAGCCGGCGGUAUAGCGCUGGUGGCGGCGGAUGCCACUUCUGUCCUUCAGUUCCUCUGCUAUGGGGGCGCGUUCACUGCAACGGAUGGACCGGCAGCCAGCCAGACGUGUGUGGAUGUUGGUGUGACCGAGCCUCCUGGCGGCUCUGAACAAAACUCAUGCCAGCUGAGAGGCUCAGGAAAAUGCUACUCAGACUUUGCCUGGCAAUGUCAAAUUCCUCAAACAUGGGCUGCGAGAAACAAUGCGCAGAACUUUCUGUGA